CCCUAUUCUUGAAUGCACUCGUCCAUGGCUUGCAUUAUUUUUCCUCGCGCACACACAGACGGAAGAAACAGCUGUUGAUAUUUUUCUGGCCGAUUUUUGCGUUUUUGGCCCCGGCAUGGCCGAACCUCGAGGCGGUCUGGUGUUGGACGACAAAGUACACGAGUUAGAGAUCGGCAAGUCGUUUGACAGGACUCCAAAAUGUGCCUUUCACACCAUCAGAUAUGACUUCAAACCGGCAUCCGUGGAUACUUCCCAGGAUGCAGUGCUGGAAGUAGGAGAGAACAAUGAUGUCACAGUGACCGUCCCACAUAUUGAGGGCUCAGGUACAAGUAAAACAGUAUUCAAGGGACACAAGCAGCCGUACAGAAGUAAGGAUUGUGUUCUCCUGAUCGACCCAAACUCUGGGACAUUCACCUUAGAAAAGCUGACAAGCAACAUGCAAGUGAAGAAAACAAGAUUGGAAGGUAAAAGUAAACAACUCCCAGCAGGACUGAGACCAAGCACACCUAACCAAGCCAGCAGCAGUCACCCCCCACCUCCAAGUAGCACCAACCCCCCUCCCAGCAAAACAGCAAGGAAAGAGUCACCACCGGACUCCCCCCUACAGACAUUGUCAUCUCCUGAACAAGCUGCUUCCAGUCCUUUUACUCGAAUUCCUGAUGCCGAUGGUGCAGAGGAUUCUGGGAGUGAGGAUGAGAAGGGUCAAAGUUCAAGUUCCAGCAGUUCGAGUGGUUCAGACUCCGACUCUGAAUCAGGUAAAGAUGGUGAUUCUCAGCCAGCCAAGAAGGAAGGUCCUGACAAGACAACAUCUGGGUCUCAUCAUCAGCACAAACCUCCCGUUUUCAUGAGUCAGCUGUGUGAGGAUCUGGAACUGAGUGAGUCUGACAGUGACUAGGACUGACGCAAGAUUCACCAUAUUAAAGAACGCCUUUAGCAAUGCACAGUGUUAUCGCAGGACAUGAAAAAUCAUCAGAAUGAAAGGAAACAUGAUGGAAAGAUGGGAAAGUCAUGAAAAGAACAUGGAUAGAACUGGAAACUUGUGGAAAGUCAUGAAAAGAACAUGGAUAGAACUGGAAACUUGUGGAAAGUCAUGAAAAGAACAUGGAUAGAACUGGAAACUUG